AUGGCUACUGAAGGUCCCAACCCCCGUGUUGGCGUCGCUGCCCUUAUCUACGCCCGCGACGGCAAGUUUCUCACCGGAAAGCGAAUGGGGAGUCACGGAGCAGGUACCAUCCAGCUCCCAGGCGGCCAUCUAGACUACGGCGAGUCUUUCCUCGAAUGCGCAGCAAGAGAAACCCUCGAAGAGACAGGCCUUCAAGUCCGCGCCACCAAAGUGGUAGCUGUGACGAACGACGUCUUUGAGAGUGAGAAGAAGCACUAUAUUACGAUAUUUGUGCGUUGCGAGAUGGUGGAUGAGAAUGCAGAGCCUCAGAUUCUUGAACCAAAGAAGUGUGUGGGGUGGUAUUGGAAGAAUUGGGAUGACUUGAAGGAGAUUCUUGCUGGGGCGGAGGAGGAGAAGUUGUUUUUGCCGUUGGUGAAUCUGCUGGGGCAGACGAAUGAUUUGGAGAGUCUGAGGUUGUGA